UGUUGUUGUUUGUCUGGCAGUUGAGGAGCAAGCGCACCACACACCACCACCACUGACUGGCACCAACCAACCACCAACAACCAACCACCACCACGAAGCAAGCAAGCAAGCAAGCAAGCAUGGUGAAGGCGUCUGAAUCGUACGUGGUCAUUGACACGUUUGUCGAGGAGGAAGGCCAUGAACUCGACGUGAACGACGUCAUGGCUGACCAUGGCGCAACACUGGGCCAGCUGUUUACUGUCUGCCGCCAGUGGACACCGAAAGUGCAGUCCAAGAUUGGCGACAUCGUCAACGAGUUUCUGUGCCGCGGCGCAAGCCCCAACGAUCGCGACGCCCUGACUGGCGACACCCUCCUCCACUUUACCUGCAAGGCGGGCGCGGUUGGUCUUGGCUGCGAGCGGGAGGCGGCGAUGGCGGUCAAGCGGCUGCUCGAUUCUGGCGCAUCGCCCAAUGCCCAGAGCAAGUGGACGGGCCUCACCCCUGUCCACACCGCAGCCAUGUUCGGCUUUGAACAGGGCCUCAAGUUGAUGCUGGACGGUGCGCGCCGCGUGCAAUGCAACGCAAAAGCGUCGUCAUAUGACGCGCAGACGCCGCUGCAUCUUGCUGUGCAGGGCCGCCAUAUGGGGUGCAUUGCACUCCUGCUGAACCACGGCGCCAGUCGCACCCAGCAGGACGACGCGGGCAAGACCCCAUACGACUAUGCCCUCGAGGCACAACGCAACGCAAAGGGCCAGGCUGAGCGCGACGACGUGGCGAGUGUGUGCCGCCUGCUCCGAGAACAGCCCGACACAGCAUCAUCAUCAUCAUCAGCAGCAGCAGCGUCGUCGUCGUCAUCCAGGGCCAGUGCCACCACCAGCGGCAGCGUUCGUCGUGGCUCCAGGGGCAGUGUUGCUGCCAGGGCCUCGGUUGCCACCAUCGAGGUUGGCGACCGGGUGACCAUCAGCGGGCAGCGCGUGGGGACGGUGCUCUACCGUGGCCUCGUCGACUUCAAGCCCGGCCGCUGGCUCGGCAUUGAGCUCGACUCGCCCCAGGGCAAGCACGAUGGAACGGUGCAGGGCAAGACCUACUUCACGUGUCCCGACGGACAUGGUGUGUUUGUGCUUGCUGACACGGCAAGCCUGCUAACCAAAGGCCCCAAGAACACAACAUCAGCAGCUACAACCAGCAGCAAGGGCGGCAAGAGGGCUACACAUGCAACAACAACAGCAGGGACAACGAAACCAACAACAAGUGCAACAGCAACAGCAGGAGCGUCGUCAUCGUCGUCGACAGCAUCACACGUCCCGUCAACGCCACGGCGACAGCAGCGCGGUGCCGGCUCCACGGGCGCGUCGCCCUCAUCCCGCAUCCCAUCGCGCAGCCCGAAAGGUGCGGGCAAGAGCCCGCGUGGGCGGGUGUCGUCCGGCAGCGGCAAGGUCGGUGUUGGCUCUCGCGUCACCGUCAACGGCAAGCGCGGCCAUAUUCGCUUCAUCGGAGACACAGAGUUUGCUGAUGGAAUGUGGCUUGGCGUUGAGCUGAGCGAGCCUGCGGGCAAGAACGACGGCACGGUGCAGGGCAAGCGAUACUUUACGGCCAAGCACGACCACGGCCUCUUUGUACGGCCGACGCGUGCCACCGUGCACGGCGUCACCGUUGACAAGCUCCUCGCGUGACAUGACUGCUGCCUUGUAGCAAUGCACACCUUGCUGUUUGUGGUUGCCUUAUUUACACCACAUACACACGCAAAGACACACACCUUCACACACACACACACACCUUCACACACACACACACCUUCACACACACACACACACACACACACACACACACACACACGCACACACACACAUUCACACACCUUUCUCUUGCGUUGUCGACAAUUAUGAACAUGAUGGUCAA